AUGGCUUCUGUCGACAAUUACCAUGGCGCUGGCAGCAGCAGCAGACAGGACUGGGAGGCCCGGGCAAGCAUCCCCUUCAAUGUGGGCGGCGGAUCGUCGUCGCCAUCAGCUCCGCCGCCGUCAGACGUGUCUCGGGCCACAGCGACACAGGCAGAGCUCCCAUCCCCUGCAUCCACGCACGCAGGGCAGGGCAGGACAGUCGAUGACCACGAUUCUGAUGAGAACACCAGCCCCAAGACAUCCUCCGGCGGCAGGUGUCCCAGCAGAUAUGACUGGAGUAAGCACAUGCCCACUAUCAAGCAUCUCUACAUCGAGGAGGACAAGACCCUGAAGGAGGUGAUGGGGAUAAUGGAGAAGGAGCACAAUUUCAUCGCAACGGCCCGCAUGUACAAGAUCCGCCUGAAGAAGUGGGGCUACACCAAGAACGUCAGCGUCAAGUCCGAGGAGAUCGAGCCGCUGCUGAGGCUGCUCGACGAGGCAGAGCACAAGGGCGACGCCCGCGCGGCGUCGAGCGAGGUCCAGCUCGCCACGGGCCGCGUCGUCGGCCUCGACCGCCUCGCUGCACACCUGCGGCGCAAGGCCCAGAGGCAGCACCAGUCCCUGGCCGUGGACACGCGCCUCGCCUCGGCCCAUGCCGCUGCUGCUGCCGCCGCCUCAUCGUCCACGUCGCUGGCGCGGUACCGACGCGGAGGUAGUGGCAGUCUCAGUGCUGGGAGCCCGUCUCCCACGUCGCUGGCCAUCAACUCGCCCGACAUGUACCGCAUCUCCGAGAUCGUCUUCGCCGACGUGCACGCCUACGUGUGCGGGCGCAUCCUCGAGCCCAAGGGCCUCAAGCUGGUGCAGAGGUCCGACUACGACAUGACCUCGCCCGUCUUCUCCAUGGUCCACGCCGCCAGCGAGUUCCUCAAGCAAGGGCGGCUCGACGAGGCCCUCGCCCUGCUGAGGGUCGCGCCCGCCCGCCUCAGGAACGUCAUCAUGUACGAGCCGCCCAACAUCCUGCACUGCCUGUUCAUGGUCAUCGUCCACCUCCUCAGCACCUCGGGCUCGGAGCAGCUCGUCAGCAGCAUCAAGGCGCUCCUCGCCUACGCCGCCGCGACGGCCGACGAGAACUCGCGCCACUGGUCGCCGCAGUACCCCGUGCGGCGCAUCCUCCGCAGCCUCGCCGACCUCAGCGCCUCCAAGGACUUUGCCCUGCGCGACAUGACGGUGCACGCGUGGCGGUGCCUGCUGCGCUCGCACGACCUGACGCUCGGCUCCCCGGACUGCGCCCAGACCUUCCCCAACUGGCUGGACCUGGGCGAGUCAGCCGGGUUCGACAAGAUGCACUGGGAGGUCUACCGCAAGCGCGUGGCCGAGCUGGGCGAGGGCGACAUGCAGUCGUGGUCGCAGCUCUUCUACCUCGCCGAGCUGGAGCGGCAGAAGGUCAAGGCGCGGGGCACCCCGACGCACAGGCUGCAGCGGUGCCUCGAGAUGACCCUCGCGGGGAUCGAGGGCGCCGAGCCGGGAAAGGGGCUGGUGGCCAAGUAUAACUGCCAGCGCAGCCUCGCCGAGAUCUACAACGACCAGGGCCGCCGCGGGCUGUCCGAGGAUUUCCUCCGCGCCGCCAUCGAUACUGCUGCGGUGAGGCACGGCCGCAACGACGAGCGCGUCCUGCAGAUGCUGUUUGAGCUCGAGAACCGCCUGGCCGAGUGGGGCGAGGGCGACGACAAGCUCGCCGAGCCGAGGGCGAGGUCGGCUGGGAUCAUCGUGGCGCUGAAUAAUGAGCCGAGUGGGUAG